UCGAAACUUCUGAAGGCCCUCAUUCUCCAUUAUCACAACUAGGUGGACACACAAAGCAGAUUAGAAACAACGUUACAACAUCUACUGUUCCAGGUACUGCUCUCUUCCUCGGUGUUGGAGAUACUGGUCAACUUGGUUUGGGACCAGAUGUAACAGAACGCUCAAGACCUGCGCUCCCAAGUGCUACGAGUCUUGGUGCGUUGCAAACAACUAAAGAAAAUUCUUUUUCGUAUUUCACACAAAUAUGUUGUGGGGGCAUGCAUUCUGUCUGCCUGACAACUAAUGGUACUGUUGCUACCUGUGGUUGCAAUGAUGAGGGAGCUUUGGGUAGACCAACGGGUAUGGAGUCUGGAUCCUGUGAUUCGUCUCCAUGCGAUCGCAAUGGUUCUUACCCUAUUGUAGAUGAGUGUCAUCUUGGACUUAUACCGUUUCCAACGAAGGUGAAGAUAGUUAUGGUUUCCGCUGGUGAUAGUCAUACUGCAGCCUUAGAUACCAAUGGUCAGGUAUGGUUGUGGGGAACGUUUCGAGGAGCUAGUGGUCCUAUAGGACUUACACAACCUGGGGAGAUUUGUUCAACUCCGCGACUGUUACUAGCUUAUUCUAUGAACAGUUCCAGUGAGCACAAUGAUGGUGUUUCAAACAAUGAAUCCAAGUUAUCUAGUCGAUCAACAAAUACAGCGCUUUUAACUUCUAGUACACACGUAGUAAAAAUUGCUUCUGGACAAGACCAUUUGGUUUGUCUGACAGAUGAAGGUCGUCUCUACACUAUGGGAUGUGGUGAACAAGGUCAACUGGGUCGUGUUGCUGAACGGUUUGCUAAAGAUGGUGGUCGUUCAGGGAUUAGCUCAUUACUUCAAACUACUGAAUGUCGAGUUCGUGGGGCCGUCCGUUUUUCCGAUGUGUGGGCAGGAGGUUUCGCUACAUUCGCUCGUUGUCAAAUGACUGGUGCUAUCUAUGCCUGUGGUCUAAAUAAUUAUGGUCAGCUAGCAUUACGCGAUACGACCGGUCAUGGAAAAUCGCUUUCAUGUAAUUCUACGGAAGAGUUUGUUGACAUCGAAGUGAAUAUGGCUGAGAAUGCUGAAAAGUUAGUAACUGAUCGCCAGGAAGCUGACAGGUCGGAGGCCCAGCUAAUCGCUCGGCAAGGUCCCCUUAUUCAGUUCAUGUUAAUUCGAGCAUUUGGAUUUGAUCCGGAUCAAGAUUGGCGUCAGUUUGCGAUCGGUAUGCAUCAUACACUGGCUUUAAACCAUCUUGGUCAUGUGUACGCUGUUGGUCGACCAGAUUACGGUCGUCUUGGUUUGGGGUGUGAUUUGAAGGGAUCGAAAAUUUCAGUGAACAAACCUACACGCGUGCUUGGUGCACUUAGUGAGUGUGUCUGCUCAUGGAUCGGUUGUGGAGAAGUAUGUUCAUUUGCGGUUGAUACUAAAGGUUUUGCUUACUCUUGGGGUAUGGGUAGCAAUCAUCAACUUGGACAUGGAGACAGUGAAGAUGACUGUUGGGAACCAGAGUUGAUGCUGGGAAAACAACUAGAAGAUCGUCGAGUUUUAAUGGUUGACGCUGGUGGUCAACAUACUGUUAUGCUAGCUUGCUCUGCUACUCAGCCAAAAGCGAUUGAUACUGAGGUAGAUAUUGUGAUGGGUGAUUCUAAUCAGCUUCCAAAUGGGACGAACAAAUCUCCUGAAGCCGAAAAACAUGAUGAGGAAAUGUCAGAAGUGAUGUGUGGUCCACUUUCUAAUAAUAAUGUAGAGCCAGAUCAGCAAAGUGUAGAAUUAUCCAAAAAUCUUAAGAUGUGUGAUUCUUCCGCUGAUACAUCAGUAGAGCGUAUUUUGAUUCCACCUAUUGGACCUGGUGCCCCACAAAGCAAGCGAAACCGACGUGCAAGUCCUUCGUCUGUAACUGGAAGUACCGGGACGACGUUGUUAACUCCUGUUGGGUUUAGUUGUGAAAGUACAACAGGAAGUACAGCAGGGGCCACAAUCAAUAGCAGCGUUCAUAGUUCUGCUGUUUCUGAUACUUGCUCCGUUGGAUCAUGUGCAUCGACAAGUAGUACAAGUAGUCAGUUGAAUAGUGCUAAAAGUACCGAUGGUGGUGGAAGUAGCCGAUGUAGUUCUUUUGACAAUUACAGUGUACAGAGUAGUUUAUUGUUAGUACCACCCACAGAAGAUAAAUCCCGUAAAGGCACAUGAUACCCUGUCCUUAUUUUCAGUAUUUUAAAAAAUCUACUUGGUAUUAUUAUUUUAUUUUGUCUUGGUUUUAUUUCUAAUAAUGGUCACAAUUUGUAAGAAACUAAAGAUGAACUUACUCUUUAUGUAAUCCAUUGUUUCCAGACAACUUUCACUCAAACUAUUUCAGGCAACUAGCUGAUUAACUCACCUAUCCGUUUUAUACGUAUAAUGUUUAUUUUGUACACUACAUCUAUUUGUAUAUUUUAAUCUUUGUUAAACAUUUGGGAAAUAAGAAAAACUUUAAAUAUCCUAAUGUAUACUUUAAAUGUUAAUUUAACGUUUGUUUUUGUGAUUGCUUGUAUGUAUGCUUAUGUAAUUAUAUUAUAAUAAUAAUCCAUAUUCAUUUCAACGU